GCUCUGGUUUGCUCCCUCUUUGCCAGAUGCAGCCAAGGACCAGACUCAAGAGCAGGAUCCCACCCGUGGCCGCUUCCGCAGAGCGGUGCAGGUAUCUGCGGCCAUCCUCACCUGGGCCGGGCCUGCUGGCACUGCUCGGCCCAGCCCCGCACUUGGAGCAGACCAUGGAACGUCCCUCUCUUCCCGCCCUUCCUUCUGCUGCAGGCACUGCGGAGGUUCCUGCGCAUUCGGCGCAGAAAGACCAGAGCCAGCGUGACCAAGGGCACAGCCAAGCCCAACUCCACGCCCAGUGAGCUGCAGACAGAGCCUGCUGCCAGCACAGCGUCCACUGAGCUCGCUGCAACCUCUGACCGGGCAGCGGCCGAGGGCAGGGCAGAGGCUGGCAUGGCCCUGACUGAGGGCAUGGCCAACUCAAACAGCCAGACUCAGGCCAACCCAGAGACUGACGUCAUGACUGCACGGACUGUGAGUCCUGCACCCAGGCUGGAGUUUUUCCAGAAGGGUGUUUCUUCUCUGCAGCAGGCAAGCAGCCUGGGGCCAGGGCAGGAGGCCUCUCAGGAUCAUGUGGCCCCUCAAGCCACGUCCACUAGGCUCACUCAGCCUUUGGGGCCAUCACAGUGGGGUGGGAAGGCAAGCACUUCCUGGGGGAAGCUGGGGAAGUUGCUCCCUUGGACAGCACACCAAGUCUUCCCCAUGCUGCUUCCUCCAGGUGUUAGCCACGGUCAGGGACAUUCUACAGAGACUCGCGUCCUGCGACACUGUGGAUGCUGAGCUGCAAACGGACAUUGUGAGCCUGACUGAAAAACACCCUGCUCACGUGGUGAUGAGCCUCCUGCACUGUGCCCCAUUGUGUGACAGGUACGGAGCACAACUGCAUCAAGAGCUCAGUGCUCAUGGGCCUGUAGGGCCCCUUGCCCUGUACAGCCUGUCCGGUGGGGUCUGCCAGACAGCGGAGAGCUCCGGGACUCUCGGGUCCCUCUGUUUCCCCAGCCCUCUGCCGUGCUCCCUCCCGGCCCCUCAGGGCACUGGGGCUCUGUCACCCGGCCCCACGCAGCUGCAUGGGGCCGGGUGCUGACGCACAGCUCUGGUCCCACAGAGCUGCCACACUGAUGUGGAGGGCCAUGGGCAGCUCGGAAGUAGCCGCGGAGGAGGUGCUUCCAGCGCUGCUCUCUGUGCUAGAGAAGCAGCCACCGUACAGCAGGAUCUUCUGCAGUGGGGACGAGGCCAUCUUUGCCCUGGCUGUGAGUUUCUGGAGCUGGCCUUUGCUCACCCUCCAGGUCACCUCUCCAGCAGCUCUCCAUGCUCUCACCAUGCUGCAGCUCCCGGCCUGGGCUGAAAGCUGGGCUCAGGGCAGGCUCAGGGGCAGCAGGCUGGCUGCUUGCCCUGCAUCUCCUCUUGGGUCCUGCCUCAUGGAUACCUUGGCACUGAGAGCUGUCUCAGGGUGCUUUGUGUCUUGCAGGCAACUCUGGUGCUGUGGAGGAUUGCCCCCAUGUCUGAGUGGCACGACGCAAUACUCCUUCAUUCUCCCCAGCUGUUUGUGGAUCUGCUCUUGCAAAUUUUCACUACCACAGAGCAGAUGCCAGAGGACGCUGAGACCCGGAGUUUCUGGAGAGUGUGCUGGGAGGAACAUGGCCUUCCCAGUGACCCGAACAGGUCUCAGUCACCCUGUCCUUCCCAUGCCCCCUGUGGCCAGGGCCCGUGCUCCCAGCGUGACCUGGCCUUUGCUCGGCACACAGGUUUGCAGCGCAGACCAUGAAGGCUCUGCUCUCCCAACUGGGUUUUGACAAGAAGCUGGUGGCUCUGGAGCACCUGCAGGUCUGGGACACCCUGCUCUCUCCUGACACCCAGCACGAGGCAGCGGGCCUGCUGGCCAGGUGAGACCCCCUUCUCCCCACCGCCAAUGCCAGCAUUUGUGCCCUGUGCCCAGAGUGUCCCACACAGUCCCCGCGGUUGUAAGUGAGAGGGCCUUGCCACCGAGGGACGCCUGAGCAGACUGCAAAAGCCUGGCAGAGGAGGAUGCCCAGGAGCAGCCGCCUCCCAAGGGGCCUGUGUCCCCUUGCAGAGUGAUGGGAAAGAUCAGACCUCUGCCAGUCUAUCCUGGGAGAGGUUUGCCCACCGGCUCAGGGCCUGGAUACCUUUUUCCCCUGCCAGGGAGAUGCACCAUGGCUUGAGCCCCCUGUGUCCCCACAUGGCCUCGCACCUGCUCAGCCUGCUCAUCGGGAAGCAGCCACGCUGGGAUCUGCCUGCCCUGGCGUUCUUGGUGGAGGUGAGCCUGAUGGCCAGCGCUGCCUGGCUGAGCUGCCUCCCAGCUCUCUGGCCUCUGGUAGCUGCAGCCGCCUGGGACGCUGCCCGCGCCCGCUGCUGCUGCCUGGGCCCGGCCCUGUGCGGCUCCGGGCUCCUGCCGGCCAUGUCCCCUGUCACUGCCCUGUGCCUUUCAGCUCCUGGAGUGUCUGGACUUGAGCCAACACGGUCCCAGUGCCCUGUGGGUCGUAUCCAGGCACCUGCCAAGCGAGUGCAGGGACAGGCUGCGCCUGCAGCUCAGAGGCCUCGUGGUGCUCAGCAAGGAGCCCUUGCUGGUGAGAAGGGGGCAGUGGCUGAAGCCGCGCUGGCAGGGUGGGGCUGGGGAACACAGACCUUUGGCCUUGGCUGGGCUCUGGCAGCAGAGGCAGCUGCUCCCAGCUCUCCUGCCUCCCGCUUCAGCUGCCCCAGUGCCCCAAGCAGUUCUUGGUGCUGCAGCCAUUCAUGGCUUCACAGCACAGCCUCAUCUUGCACACAGAGCGGAGAAAUACGCGGCCUCUAUCAACACCUGCUGGAGCAGCUGGCUGAUCCCGAUGCAGAGAUGGUCUGGAUGACCCUCUCUGUGCUCACACAUGUGCUCCAGGACAGAGACCAUAAGAUACCCAGCAUCACCACCCUCAAGCUGGCUGAGGCCGUGCUGCCACACUUUGACAAUGUAAGGCUCUGUGCCCCCAGCCAAGGGCACUGGAUGCUGCCUGGAAACUUUGUGCUCUCUGCAGUUUUGGGCCUUUUGCCCCAGUGGGCCUGGAGUAGUUGGUGCUUAGGACUUUUCCUUUCCUUCCAGGACAACAGCCAGGUGCAGCUGCUCUCCAUUCAGCUCUUUAGCAAAGUGAUGGAGCUGGUAGUGGAAAAGCGGGACGAGCCUCUCACGAGAAUCCCCGCGCCCCGCACGCCGCUCCCUGCCCUGGGCCGUGUGGGCCGGCUCGGCCGGUGCUGGGCGCAGGGAGCGCCCGGCCGAGGGGCAGAGCCCGCGCCGAGCCUUCGCUCCCCGCAGCUGCUGCAGGACGAGAGCCAAGUGGCCGAGCAGCUGCGCUGGGCCCUGCCGCGACUGCAGAGCCCGCAGAGGCCCCUGCGAGAGGUGGCCGUCAGGAUCAUCGGUGAGCGGCGUCCCUUCCCGCCGCCCGGCCCAGCUGCUGCCCCGGCAGCGGGAGCCGCGCCCAGGCCGCUGCAGCCCUGA